AUGGCUGCUGGACACUGGGGUCUCAAUGAGGCCUCCAACCCGCUGUGGCAGUCGCGGGGUUCCGGCGCGGCCGUCCGGGGUCGGUUCCGGUGCCCGUCGUGCCGCCACGAGGUGGUGCUGGACCGGCACGGGGUGUACGGGCUGCAGCGGAACCUGCUGGUGGAGAACAUUAUCGACAUCUACAAGCAGGAGUCCGCGCGCCCCCUGCACGCGAAGGCGGAGCAACAGCUGAUGUGCGAGGAGCACGAGGACGAGCGCAUCAACAUCUACUGCCUGCGCUGCGAGGCGCCCACCUGCUCGCUCUGCAAGGUGUUCGGCGCUCACAAAGACUGCGAGGUCGCCCCUCUGCCCGCCGUGUACCAGCGCCAGAAGAGUGAGCUGAGCGAUGGCAUCGCCAUGCUGGUGGCGGGGAACGACCGCAUCCAGGCCAUCAUUACGCAGAUGGAGGAGAUCUGCCGCACCAUCGAGGAGAACGGCCGCCGGCAGAAGCAGCACAUAGGGCUGCGCUUCGACUCGCUCUGCAGCAUCCUGGAGGAGCGCAAGAAGGAGCUGCUGCAAAGCGUCACCCGCGAGCAGGAGGCGAAGGUGCAACGCGUGCGCGGCCUCAUCCGGCAGUACGGGGACCACCUGGAGGCCUCCUCCAAGCUGGUGGAGACGGCCAUCCAGGCCAUGGAGGAGCCCCAGAUGGCCGUGUACCUGCAGCACUCCAAGGAGCUCCUGAAGAAGAUCACAGACAUGUCCAAGGUGUCGAUGAGCAGCCGCCCUGAGCCCGGUUAUGAGAGCAUGGACCACUUUUCCAUCAAUGUGGACCACGUGGCUGAGAUGCUGCGCACCAUCGACUUCCAGCCAGAAGUGCUGGGUGAGGAUGAUGGGGAUGGACCCACGGACAGCAGUGAGGGUGUGGGGGAUGAGGAAAACAUGGAGGCACCUGAAGCUGCUGAGGAUGUGGGGCAAAGGCAGAAGCCAUUGAGCUCUCCUCAUGGUCAGCACUGAGCUGGAUUCACAGCACAACAUUGGCAUCAGCAAACCCUACAGCCCUACGACUGCUACAAAGCCCCCACAUGGUGGGGCUGCCCUCAGCCCUCAUUAAACCGAUGGAGAGGACA